UACUUUACUGAGGCUCUACGUAAAACAUAAAACGUUGUUUUACUCCUAGUGUUUCGACAGCUCCACUUCCUGAUACACCUGUUUGUCAGGUAGGAUAUCAGCUCACAGUCUGCGGCUGCUACGGAGAGACUGAGUCAUGAAAAAACAGACUAUGGACGGAAUUUUACCGAGACUUUGACGCAACUUGGACAUUUUUUAAUCGUCAUACGAAUGAACCUGUUUUCACAGCUGAAAAUGCGUCGACGGUGCCAAAGGAAUAACGCUUUGAACGUGGUUUUGCUGCUGGAUUUGGUCGGCUUUUUCGCCCCUUCCUUAGUCUCCUGCAUCUCAGUGAGGACCCCAGCAGAGCUCUAUGCAUCCAGAGGGGAUACCGUCACGUUGUCCUGCACUUUCACUUCCACCAGUAGGCCGACCAGUAAGAUGUCUGUCGACUGGUCUUACAGGCCCCAGAGUGGAGGGCCUCCACAGGCUUUUUUCCACUUCUCCUCAAAAGCUUUCCCUCCACCCGAUGGCCAGUUUAAGGGUCGUAUACGAUGGCAAGGAAAACCAGCACAUGGGGAUGCCUCCAUCUCUCUGAUUAAUGCCACAUUAAAAGAUAAUGGGACCUACACAUGCUCAGUCAGGAACCCUCCUGAUGUCCACGGUUCCCCGAAUUCACACACUGUACUCACUGUCACACCAAAAGCACCCAGUGUUCGCUUCUCGGAUGUUGCAGUCCUCCUGGCUUUCAUCCUCCUCCCAUCAGCUAUCAUCACCCUUAUUCUGAUUGGGCGGAUGCUCUGUCCCAAGAAACAGCGCAGCCAAUCGAAGGCCUACAGAUCACCCAUAGAGGUCACAGAGGGGGAGGAGUACGGCACCCACCCACCAGGAGGCAAAGAAAAGAAGGCCUCAUGUUGUGACCUAUAUCUUAUGGACUCAGAGGAUGAAGAUGGUUACUACAACCUAAAAAAGAGGCCCCCUUUGGAGGAAGGCUAUGCUGAGUCUCAGUGCUAGAGAACCCUGCUGGUUGAAAGAUGGAACUGCAACAUGUAGACCUGCUGGUGCUCCACAUGUGAAGGGUACUGAAUUUAAAUGAAUGCUGGAUUUACGUCUCUUCACCUGACCAAACAGGUGGAGCACUUUGGAAUGAUGUGUACUUUUGUCUUGAGACAACCUGAAAUAUGCAUAUAAAGCAUGGUAUUUAUACUUUACAAUAUGUAAAUAACUCAAUUCACCUUUUGCUUACUCAUUUACAAAUUUUGCAAGUCUUCCAGAGAGCCAGUCGAAUUUGAUACCAGUGUGCUGUAAGGAAGUAGGACUCUUAAUUCUAAAGUUAAAGCUUUUGAGCAAAGAUUUAUCAUAUCUGUACAGGUAAACGGGUGGUAAUAUGUGUCUCAAACCCACAGAGGAGCACUGUGUGCACAUUUUGAUCUCAUUGAUUUACUUUCUUAUUGUGAAGGAGAUAGAUUCAUUUCGUCUAAUUUAUUACCUGUGUCAGAGCGGCUAUAUGAAUUUUGGAUGAUGACUUUGUUGAAUUAUUUCUGUUUUAUCUUUAUUAUUCAGACAAAAAUAAUUUGUACAAUUUGGACAUCAACUGUGACAACUUAGUACUAUUUAUGCAUUGUAUUGUAUAUAUUUUCUGUACAUUUUUAGUAUCUUUACAUUACUGUAGUGUCAUUAUUUCAACUUCUUAAGUGUGGUUUUGUCACAUUAAUGCUCAUUAUAUUUGAGGACAUUUGGGUUUUGAUACAGCCUUAAAUGCAUCUGUUUUUAUUUGCUACAAAAGUCUGGGUUUUGGUUGCACGUGGUUGAAAUAAAUACUUUAGGAGCCUA